AUGCCCGGCUGGAGCCGCGACGGACAGACGAUGACGGCAUAUGAGAAGCAGACCAUGCAGCACCUAGAACGGUCGAACCGGGAGUUGAAAGAGGAGCUGGAGAAGGAAGAUGAUGCGGACUUCAGAGAAGCAAUCGAGGACAACAUAAAAGUGCUGAAGACAAAGGGGGACCGUCUCCUGAAGAUCGAGGAAAAGAUUCGAGAGCUGUCGCCGCCCUUGGAGAUCCCUCCUGGGCAGGUCCCACUUGCUCAGGAAGGCGGCUAUGCGAUUCCUGCAGGGCAGUUGCCGGCACAGGGGCAGGAUAACGGAGCUAUUCCUGCCGGCUUGGACUUGUGA